AGUCUCGUUUCCAGUUUCUUCCUCUUUCUGUCUUUGAAUUUCCUCCUUGGAAUUCGAUCUUCAACGGGCUCAUGAAUGUGUUGUGUCGGUGUGGAGUCGUGGAGAAGUAAACGAGUACGCCGGGUUCGGACUGCCUUCCCGCCAGCGGACAGCGUCUUCCCCUGGUCGUCCCGCGGAUGAGGAAGUGACGGAACGGGACGCUGAAGGGAAGCUGCGCACCGCUGGGCCCGGACUCGAGCUGUAGCGUUUUCAAGUUGAUCUCGCGCUCAGCUGUUCAAUACAAAAUGGAAAACAUUGGUGAUGAGAAACAGAAAACCCCUGAAGGGCACCUGGAACUGACUGCCGAAAUCCUACGCGCGGAAAUUCUCCGUGAGGAAAAACCGGUCGAAAUGGGCUUGCUGACCUCGUCGUCCAGUGGGGAGCAUCUUAAAGACGAGGAUGAGAGGAACCUUGAUCGAGCUUUGAGCAGUCCUGUGCCGGGCCAAAAGGAUUAUCGCCUCUAUCGGAUGCGCUUCGUGACACUGGCUAUCUUCUGCAUGUUCUCGAUGUCAAAUGCCUUCCAAUGGAUCGAGUUCGUCAUAAUCGAGAACAUCGUUGCGGAAUACUACGGUGUCAGUCAUUUCGCUGUUGAAUGGACCUCAAUGAUUUACAUGGUGUCUUACAUUCCGCUGAUUUUUCCUGGCGCCUGGUUCCUGGAGAAAUACGGAUUGCGGAUCGCCAUGAUUAUUGGCGCCGCUGGCACAGCCGCGGGUUCCUGGCUCAAGCUCUUGGGUACAGAUCCGUCUAGCUUCAUCUGGGCAUUUGCCGGACAAACGCUCGUCGCCUGGUCACAAGUUUUCGUCCUCGGCAUCCCACCACACUUGGCUGCUCACUGGUUUGGACCACAGGAAUUAUCUACCGCUACUGCGGUUGGUGUCUUCGGAAAUCAGCUCGGGAUUGCUCUGGGGUUCCUCGUUCCUCCGAUGAUGAUUCCGGUUGAUGGCGAUGUUGAGACCAAGAAGCGAGCCUUCACCAAGCUUUUUCUCACAGGAGCAGUCUUCACAGCCGUCAUCUUCGUUCUCAUCAUGGCUCUUGUCAAGGAUUCUGCUCCAACGCCGCCAAGCGCUGCUCGUGACAGGCAACUGCUUUCUGCACGAGAGGAUAGUCAUCAAGGAUCUGGAAAAAAAUUCCUUCAGUCCGUCUUCCACCUUCUUUUCAAGCACAAGGGAUACAAACUCCUGUUUCUCACAUACGGGAUAAACGUCGGAGUAUUUUAUGCCAUUUCGACGCUGCUGAACAAAAUGCUCGUCGCACACUACGAGGAUGUGGAAAAACAUGCUGGUGUAAUUGGUUUGUCAUUCGUCGUCUCUGGCAUGGUUGGAUCCGUUGUGUGUGGGGUUAUCAUGGAUAAAACGCACAAAUACAAGGAAACAACUUUGACUGUUUACUGCUUGUCCCUGAUAAGUUUCGGCUUGUAUACUUUUGCUUUGCCAUUCGGAAGUUUGCCAUUCGUCUACGUUGGCGCAAUAAUCGUCGGGUUUUUUAUGACCGGAUACCUGUCCGUUGGGUUCGAGCUAGCAGCAGAAAUCACGUACCCUGAAGCAGAAGGCACGACUUCGGGGCUCCUGAAUGCCAGCGCACAAAUUUUCGGCCUGGUCGUCACUUCGGCAUCUUCAUUUGCAAUGGAUACGAUCGGAACUGUUUACACUCUGCUCGUUUUAGCAGGGCUGCUUUUUGUUGGGUGCAUUGGGACUUACUUGAUCCCAAACGAUUUACGGCGCUCUUUGGGAGAGGUUGGAGGGCAAGAACUCCAGAAAAAAGCUGGUGAAGAAGAAAUUGCUUGAGGCUUGAAAUGGAUCAACCGAUGACAUGAAAACGCAGUUUCGAUCGAGUCCUAUACUGCAUACUCUUUACGUGAGCCUCCGCUGCUUGCCCGUCUGCGUCGGUUGAAUUCGAAAACGACUGUACAUGGUCGUUUGAGUAAUAUUACUUCAACAGUAUUCUUUUGCUGUCGUGAAUGCGUGCAAUUUCUUGGGCCGGCGAAUUCGUUGUCUCAUGUUCCAAUCGUACAAUUUUUCCGGUUUCUUUUUCUUGAUUACAAAUUUUUAAUCAUUAAAGGCCUGGAUAGACCGGCUAAUCGCAGAUCUGAAAUUCAGCGACUUUUCGGGAAUAUUCGCUUACAUUGGACGAAAAAGAUAGUUUAAUUUUUAUUCGAGAGCAUGGGGCUUUUUAGUCCAGAUAUGAGCUGUUGACGAUGGAUUCAAGUAUCAGUUCGGUUAGAAUAACAUGAUCUUUGGCAGGGUGACUUCUUACCCGGAAAAGGUGCAGUCGUGCCUUCCCUUCUUAGGAUUGGGAAGAGGAAAUCAAUGCUUCCAUUCGUCAACAGAGUGAGACAACUGAGACAUGCGAGAUGUCGUGAGAGAUAAAUCGAUGAGCUAUCAAUAUGGGUUACAGCAUUAUUUUCGUUCAGGAUUACAACGGAAUUCAUGCCAGGGAUUGAUUUGUGCAUCUGAGGAAAUAUUGCUUUUGCGCUUUAAGAUAAGAUUGUUUUCAGACCUCAGGCUUUUUUUCACGAGCCAUAUUUGAGUUGAGGCAUUCCCUGACGAGAUUGUAAAAUGAGAAAUAUAAGGAUAUGUUCAACCGU